GUCCUUUGGACAUUUCCUCAUCCAAAAAAUAUCUCCUUUCAGUAACAGGAUGCAACCUUAGGAGUUGGGAGCUAAGCCCUCUUCUAAUUGUCUCGAGUCCUCCAGAGUUUUUGCUUCUUCCUUUUCUCAUGCCAACAAUGCUUGCAGCUAGCUCUGUAAUGAACAGCAACCUUGCUUGCUCAUCAGGGAUAUAUUCCUGCUCAGACUUUGCAUCUAGCCAUUCCUGGCGUCCCAUAGAGGCCGCGAAACUCCACCGGAAGCGUGCUGCGAGCUCGCUACGGAUAUGUUGUGCUGCCACUAAGCCUGCAAAGACUCCUGCUGAAGAAGAUUGGAGAAUCAAGCGGCAACUCCUAGUAGAAAAACGGGUGCGCAGGGUUGAUGUGAAGGAAGCACUGCGCCUUCAAAAGGAGAACAGCUUUGUAAUUCUUGAUGUGAGACCAGAAGCAGAGUUUAAGGAGGCUCAUCCACCUGGUGCCAUCAAUGUACAAAUAUAUAGAUUAAUAAAGGAAUGGACGGCAUGGGAUAUUGCAAGGCGUGCAGCAUUUGCGUUCUUUGGCAUAUUUGCCGGAACAGAAGAGAAUCCUGAGUUCUUACAAAGCGUUGAUGCGAAAGUUGGUAAAGAUGCAAAGAUAAUCGUGGCAUGUUCUACAGGAGGGACACUGAAGCCGACACAAAAUUUCCCAGAUGGAAAACAAUCUCGGUCCCUGAUAGCAGCAUACCUAUUGGUCCUAAAUGGCUACAAGAAUGUGUACCAUCUGGAUGGAGGACUUUACACAUGGUUCAAGGAAGGUUUACCAGCUGUUGAAGGAGAAGAAUGAGCAAGUGAGACCUGUCUUAUUACCACGUCAUUGUUCAUAUGCUGGAGUUUUGAUGAGUUGUAAUAAUGUGCUUCAUGGGUAGUCUUGACAAAUCUAGAUCGUUUUUCCUGAUUAAGAUGUCUCGUGUUCCUCCUGCCAAUAUGAAGUUGUCCUAGAUUUAUUGUGGCACCUUUAUUGUCAAUUUGUCGGCGUAUGAUGCUUGAGUAUGACAAUGUGAUGACCAUUAGUUUGACUCGGAGAAAAGUGAGAAGAAGCAUAAUUUCUCUUGG